GGACUCCCCCCCCCCCCCCCGCGCUCGGAAAAACAAAACCAGACAUGAUCCUGAGCUCCCGCUGCUGAGGGAUCUGCCCGCCCGUGGGGAAGGUCACGGCAGCGAGGCCCCGCAGCCCCCGGCGUCGCGUCCCCGCGGCUCCCGCCCCGUCCCCGUCCACUUUUCCCGGGAGCUGGGCCGCAGACACCUCUAUUGAUGGUCUAGCGCGUUCGGGAAAGCAUUUUUGAAGCGUUGGGGUGAUUGGAGUGGUUGUAUUUUCCCUAGAAUUGAGUGAGAAAUUCAGAAGACUGAAGCCCAGGCUCACUGUCUACCUUUCACGGAGGCCUAGCCGUGAGAGGACAGAAGAAGGCACGUGGCGAAUCAUGACAGCUGACAAAGACAAAGACAAAGACAAAGAGAAGGACCGGGACCGGGACAGGGACCGGGAGAGAGAGAAAAGGGACAAAGCCCGAGAGAGCGAGAAUUCGAGGCCCCGCCGGAGCUGCACCUUGGAAGGAGGGGCCAAAAAUUACGCUGAGAGUGAUCACAGUGAAGACGAGGACAAUGACAACAGUGCCACCACGGAAGAGUCCACCAAGAAGAACAAGAAGAAACCACCGAAAAAAAAGUCUCGCUACGAAAGGACAGACACUGGCGAGAUAACGUCCUACAUCACCGAGGAUGACGUUGUCUACCGGCCAGGAGACUGUGUGUAUAUUGAGAGUCGGAGACCAAACACACCGUAUUUCAUCUGUAGCAUCCAAGACUUCAAACUGGUCCACAACUCCCAGGCCUGUUGCAGAUCUCCAACUCCUGCUUUGUGCGACCCCCCAGCAUGCUCUCUGCCGGUGGCACCACAGCCACCACAGCAACUUUCUGAAGCCGGGAGAGGGCCUGUAGGGAGUAAGAGGGACCAUCUGCUCAUGAACGUCAAAUGGUACUACCGUCAGUCUGAAGUUCCAGAUUCUGUGUAUCAACAUUUGGUUCAGGAUCGACAUAAUGAAAAUGACUCUGGAAGAGAACUUGUCAUCACAGACCCUGUUAUCAAGAACCGGGAGCUCUUCAUUUCUGAUUAUGUCGACACGUACCAUGCUGCUGCCCUGAGAGGGAAGUGCAACAUCUCCCACUUUUCUGACAUUUUUGCUGCGAGAGAGUUUAAAGCUCGAGUGGAUUCGUUCUUCUACAUCCUGGGCUACAACCCUGAGACCAGGAGGCUGAACAGUACCCAGGGAGAGAUUCGUGUUGGUCCUAGCCAUCAGGCCAAACUUCCAGAUUUGCAGCCAUUUCCUUCUCCGGAUGGCGAUACUGUGACCCAGCAUGAAGAACUCGUCUGGAUGCCUGGAGUGAACGACUGUGACCUUCUCAUGUACCUGCGGGCGGCCAGGAGCAUGGCUGCCUUUGCUGGGAUGUGUGAUGGAGGCUCCACGGAAGAUGGCUGUGUCGCUGCGUCUCGGGAUGACACCACACUAAAUGCACUCAACACACUCCAUGAAAGCGGUUACGAUGCUGGCAAGGCCCUGCAGCGCCUGGUGAAGAAGCCGGUGCCCAAGCUGAUCGAGAAGGGCUGGACUGAGGAAGAAGUGAAACGCUUCGUGAAGGGCCUCAGGCAGUACGGCAAGAACUUCUUCAGAAUCAGGAAGGAGCUGCUUCCCAAUAAGGAAACGGGGGAGCUGAUCACCUUCUAUUACUACUGGAAGAAAACGCCCGAAGCGGCCAGCUCGCGGGCCCACCGUCGUCACCGGAGGCAGGCUGUGUUCAGGCGCAUCAAGACCCGCACUGCAUCCACUCCUGUCAGCACGCCCUCCAGGCCUCCCUCCAGUGAAUUCUUGGACCUGAGUUCUGCCAGCGAGGAUGACUUUGACAGUGAGGACAGCGAGCAGGAGCUGAAGGGUUACGCCUGCCGCCACUGCUUCACCACCACCUCCAAAGACUGGCACCACGGAGGCCGGGAGAACGUCCUGCUGUGCACCGACUGCCGCAUCCACUUCAAGAAGUACGGCGAGCUCCCGCCCGUCGAGAAGCCCGUGGACCCGCCGCCCUUCAUGUUCAAGCCCGUCAAGGAGGAGGAGGAUGGGCUCAGCGGGAAGCAUAGCAUGAGGACACGGCGGAGUCGGGGCUCGAUGUCUACACUACGCAGUGGUCGCAAGAAGCAGCCAGCCAGCCCUGACGGUCGCACCUCGCCCAUCAAUGAAGACAUCCGCUCCAGUGGCCGCAAUUCCCCCAGCGCCGCCAGCACCUCCAGCAAUGACAGCAAAGCGGAAACAGUGAAGAAGUCUGCCAAGAAGGUGAAGGAGGAAGCCUCAUCCCCGCUGAAGAGCACCAAGCGACAGCGCGACAAGGUGGCCUCCGACACGGAGGAGUCGGACAGGACCAGCUCCAAGAAGACCAAAACCCAGGAGAUCAGCCGGCCCAACUCCCCAUCGGAAGGUGAAGGGGAGAGUUCAGACAGCCGCAGUGUCAACGAUGAGGGAAGCAGUGACCCCAAAGACAUUGACCAGGACAAUCGCAGCACGUCCCCCAGCAUCCCCAGCCCCCAGGACAACGAGAGUGACUCGGACUCAUCUGCCCAGCAACAGCUGCUGCAGGCCCAGCCCCCAGCCCUGCAGGCCCCCGGGGGGGCUCCUACCACCCCCUCAGCAGCACAGGCCGGAGCAUCCCAGCUCCCUACCCCGGGCCCUACAGCCUCUGCCACUGCACCCCCUGCGCAGGGCUCCCCUGCAGCCGUGCCGCCUCCUAGCCAGCCUCCAGCCCCGGUAGCACCUGCUGCACACUCGCACAUCCAGCAGGCUCCUGCCCUGCACCCUCCACGGCUGCCCUCGCCACACCCUCCAACUGGCCAGGCACCAGCUCCCACUCACAGCCAGCCCGCCCUGCACGGCCAGGGCCCACAUGGCCUACAGGCCGGUCCCAUGCUGCAGCACCCAGGGCCCCCCCAGCCCUUUGGCCUUCCUCCUCAGACCUCCCAAGGCCAGGCUGCCCUGGGCGCCUCCCCAGCCACCGCACACCCUCACGGCACCUUGCAGCUCCCAGCCACCCAGGCAACAUUGCAGGCGCAGCAGCCCCCGAGGGAGCAGCCCUUACCACCAGCACCAUUGGCCAUGCCACAUAUCAAGCCCCCACCCACCACGCCCAUCCCCCAGCUGCCAGCACCUCAGGCCCACAAGCACCCUCCUCACCUCUCGGGGCCAUCGCCCUUCUCCAUGAAUGCCAACCUGCCACCCCCUCCAGCCCUGAAGCCCCUGAGCUCCCUGUCCACACACCACCCGCCGUCAGCUCACCCCCCUCCCCUGCAGCUCAUGCCCCAGAGCCAGCCUUUGCCCUCCUCUCCUGCCCAGCCCCCUGGGCUGACCCAGAGCCAGAACCUGACUCCUGCUGCUGCCUCCCACCCCCCAGCCAGCCUCCACCAGGUGCCCCCCCAGCCCCCAUUUGCUCAGCACUCCUUUGUACCUGGAGGCCCACCCUCCAUCACCCCUCCCACCUGCCCCUCCACCUCCACCCCACCUGCGGGGCCCAGCAGCUCAGCCCAGCCGCCUUGCUCUGCCGCUGUCUCUUCGGGAGGUGGCAUUCCAGGGGGGGCCUCCUGCCCGCUCCCCGCUGUGCAGAUCAAGGAAGAGAUUCGCGAUGAUGCUGAGGAGCCCGAGAGCCCCCCGCCCCCUCCGAGAAGCCCAUCCCCUGAGCCCACGGUUGUGGACACCCCCAGCCAUGCCAGCCAGUCUGCCAGGUUCUACAAACACCUGGACCGGGGCUACAACUCCUGUGCACGGACAGACCUGUACUUCAUGCCUCUGGCUGGCUCCAAACUGGCCAAGAAGAGGGAGGAGGCCGUCGAGAAGGCCAAGCGGGAGGCUGAGCAGAAGGCCCGGGAGGAGCGCGAGCGGGAGAAAGAGAAGGAGAAGGAACGCGAGCGCGAGCGGGAGCGGGAGCGAGAGGCCGAGCGUGCAGCUCAGAAGGCGUCCAGCUCAGCACACGAAGGCCGCCUUAGUGAGCCGCAGCUCACAGGGCCGGGCCACAUGCGGCCAUCCUUCGAGCCACCGCCAACGACCAUUGCUGCUGUGCCCCCCUACAUUGGGCCUGACACGCCUGCCCUCCGGACCCUGAGCGAGUACGCUCGACCCCAUGUCAUGUCACCCACCAACCGCAACCACCCCUUCUACAUGCCCCUCAACCCCACUGACCCCCUGCUGGCUUACCACAUGCCCGGCCUCUACAACGUGGACCCCACGAUCCGCGAACGGGAGCUGCGGGAGCGGGAGAUCCGCGAGCGUGAGAUUCGUGAGCGGGAGCUGCGGGAGAGGAUGAAGCCGGGCUUCGAGGUGAAGCCCCCGGAGCUGGAUCCCCUGCACCCGGCCACCAACCCCAUGGAGCACUUCGCCCGGCACAGCGCCCUCACCAUCCCCCCUGCGGCUGGCCCACACCCAUUUGCAUCUUUCCACCCUGGUCUGAACCCUUUGGAGCGUGAGAGACUGGCCUUGGCUGGCCCCCAGCUGCGACCUGAGAUGAGCUACCCUGACAGACUCGCGGCUGAGCGCAUCCACGCUGAGCGCAUGGCGUCUCUGACCAGCGACCCCCUGGCCCGACUGCAGAUGUUCAAUGUGACCCCACACCAUCACCAGCACUCACACAUCCACUCUCACCUCCACCUCCACCAGCAGGACCCUCUCCACCAAGGAUCAGCAGGUCCAGUUCACCCACUGGUCGACCCCUUGACUGCUGGCCCUCACUUGGCCCGCUUCCCCUACCCGCCUGGCACUCUCCCCAACCCUCUGCUUGGACAGCCACCCCACGAGCACGAGAUGCUGCGUCACCCAGUGUUUGGCACCCCCUACCCCCGAGACUUGCCUGGGGCCAUCCCACCCCCCAUGUCGGCCGCCCACCAGCUGCAGGCCAUGCAUGCCCAGUCCGCGGAGCUGCAGAGACUAGCCAUGGAGCAGCAGUGGCUGCAUGGACACCCCCACAUGCACGGUGGCCACCUCCCGAGUCAGGAGGAUUAUUACAGCCGACUGAAGAAAGAAGGUGACAAGCAGUUGUAAGUUGCUCAGCUGUUAGUGCUGCUGUGGAGAUACCAGGACUUUUCACAGACAAUAGGAGCUGCAAAAGCAAAGAGAGUAUCUUCUAGAUUUCUUUAUAUAUUUAAAACCCCACGACUACAACCGUGUCUCAUCCUGGUGUUCGUUUGUGGAGAGGAGUCCCUGGAACGUGGGCCCCCUGCAUGCCCCCAGCAGCCGAGCCGGCCCUGGGCGGGCUGAGCCUUCAGCGCACUUCCUGCCACCCUGGGCUCUGGCUUUAGUGUUCUCCUUGAGUUCUUGGUAGGUGCUAGCGUCCGGUCCUCGCCCUCCACUGAGUGUGCUGGAGCCCACGGGGCGGGCAGACAGGCAGCAUAUGUGUGGGAUCCAAGAGCUAUAAUUUUUAAAAAAUCUUUUAUUUUAAUACAUUGUAGGAAAUCUUCAUAAUUUGAAAAGUUCUGCAGCAUGGCUUUUUAUGUCUGUAAAUAAAUAAUUUUAGAACAGCC